AUGAGGAUUCUAGCACUGCUCUGGACGGUGUCUCUGGCAGGACUCUGCCAUGGUAAGGGUGGCCAUAAAAAUUACCGUAGUAACGAUAAUGAACAUUCUGGCGACUCUAAGAAACCACAGAGUAUUCCAGCAAAUCCACAAGGAUCUGGAAAUGUUGUAGCUGAAGGGUCAGGGACUGCAGAGGGGUCUAAUUGUAGGCAGGUAGAUGUUGAUGUCAGAGGCUCCGGAGACAAUUUAGAUGCGCAACCUUCCCUUGAAGAUACUGAAAAGGAACCUACUAAGCCUGAAAAGCCAGCAAGCUCCUUGCCUUCCAAAGUAGAUACCUCCCUCUUUAAUGUUGUGGACUCUGUUGAGGACAAUGUAAAGGUUCUUAAACUGAAGGCUAAGGAGGGUGUUACUGCUAACAAGCUCACUUAUGAAGGUUUGACAGUUUGGGAAGAAAAGAAAAAGUCAUGCCUCUCAGCUGUCCUGUAUCUGGACAAAGGUGGACCUACUCUGGCUGUCAUAAAAGCUAAAAGCACUAAGGGUGAUGCUAAUUUCACUGUCUAUAGAUACCAUGAUGGUAAGAAGUGGAAGAAUUGUACGAAGCGUACUCAUAAAAAUAAGCUUAAGAAAUUAAAGGAGAGUUGUAAUCCUGCUAAUCAAGCUCCAAAAGAGCAUUCCAAAGAGUCUCUUAAUCCUACUACUUCCACUGUAGCACCUCCUGCUGAGGAAUCUCCAGUUACUCAUAAUUCUGUAAGUAGCGAGCAUCAUGAAGCUAAGCCGGAGGGGGCUAUAUCUCAAGACAAUGAGGAAGAACCUGAGACUCCUACUGCUCAACCUUCUCAACCAGCUGUUCAACCUACUUCUCUAUCUGAUUACAAAUCCAAAGUUGACUCUACCCUAUUCAAUGUAGAGAAUGGACAAGAGAAUGGGUUUAAGGUUCUAAAGCUCAAGGCUAAGGAAGGAGUUACUGCUAACAAACUUACCUAUGGAUCUGAAGUAGUUUGGCAGGCUCAGAAUGCUGUUGAUGUUCAAGCUUCUGAUACUCAACAACUUAACUCAACUGGCCGAGCUAAUCCUAAUCAAGGUACUCUUUCUGAAGAUCUUCAACAAUCUACUGUCUCAUCUGCCCUAACUGCUACUGCUCAAGGUGGACUUCCUCCUGAUGCUCCUCAAUCCGAAGUUGGUGAAGGUACUCCUAAAGAUAAUGGAACCAGUAAACCUGUUACUGAUGAAUCUCAAGUUCCUCAACCAUCUGGACAAAGUGGUCUUGUUCUAGAUCUUGCUAGUCCCGAUGAAGCCGAAAUAGUUGUGAAGGAAAAUAAGGAAUACGGAGUAACUGUUAAGUACCAUUAUCCAAAGGAUACUUCCAAGGAUACUUCCAAGAUUACUACUGUUAUGGAUGGAGAGAAGGAAGUCUGGAAGGGUGUGGAUAAGGAGCAUGCUCUAUCAGUAUUAGUAUACUAUGCAAAAGGAGACUCUUCUCUCAUUACCAUAGGUAUAAGCAAAGGUAGUGGCUCUAAGCUAGACUUUAAGCAUUUUGAAAAGAACGCUGAUGGUAAAUGGACUCUCAUCAAGAAGGAGGAUUAUGAUCAGAAGCUAAAAGAUCUCAAGAGUGGUGUGACUAAUCCUUCUUCUUCAGAUCCUUCUACUCCAUCUUAA